CGGUCUAUCUACCUCCAGCGCAGUUUUCGGACCUUCUCAUGGGGGCCAAGGGCGCAAGCAGAACCGCAGCGCACACGGCGGGAAGAGGGCAGGGUCACUGAGAGAAUUGCACAUGUCUGCGGUGACCAAGCGGAAAACAGACGGGCAUGUCUGGUGAACGCCUAAAACGUGCCGGAAGGGAGAAAACGAAUAAAUGCCCAGCUGGGAGGAAACGAAGACCGACCAAUUGAUCACGACUGUCCUCAGCUGCACUCACGUGCCAGGCGUGGUUAUGCACUGUGUCUCUGUAAGACGACGAGUUCAAGGAAGUGAAUAGAAGAGCAGUAUAGUCAACUCUUCAACGAAAGAGUGCGUGUGUGUGGGUGUGGGUGUGUUGGUGCUCAACUCUUCAACGAAAGAGUGUGUGCGCGUGUGUGUGUGUGUGUGUGUGUGUGUGUGUGUGUGUGUGAGAGAGAGAGAGAGAGAGGUUAGAGAGAGGUUACAGGGAGAGGGAAGAAGAGUGGACAGAAUCUCGUGUGAGAGAGAGAGAGAGAGGGGUUACAGGGACACGGAAGAAGACUCGACAGAGUCUGCAGUUGACGGGAAGGAGUCAAGCGAAGAUGAUUGGAGCAAAUGAACUGAAGGAAACGGAGAAAGCAAUGAAGAAGGCAGAUAAAAUAACUACACUGACGCUCGGUGCUCAGGCAAGCGCAAUUGAGGAAGGAGUUGAGGAGCAGCCACGGUUGGGCCUUCCCCAGACUGUGCAGAAGGCUGUGAGCAUGCUUGGGGACCUGGAGUCAAGGUUGGGCCUUCCUGAGACUGUGCAGAAGGCUGUGAGCAUGCUGCGGAAAGGAAGUUCAUUCUUGGUGGUGGAUGCUGGCAGCCAUCACUACAUAUAUAAUUAUCACUAAGUUCCUGCCUGCGACAAGCGGACGAUCGGGGCCCUCCGAUUUUUUGCUGCACGACGGUCCCGAUAGUCUGCUGAUCGUUUUUUCUUAGAAGUUGAGGCGUCGCCAGGGCCUGUACCGGUCCCGCAUGCCAGUGCCGGCACCAUGCUCGGUACCGGGCCCGCGCACCGGAGCCGGUACCACACAAGGUACUGGGCCCCCGCACCGGUAUUGUCAGACGUUGUCGGGCCAGCGCCAAGAGGCCACACGUAACAAAGUUUUUCCAAUUUC